AUGCUUAUUGAGCAAGGACAUGACGCACCACAAACAGAUGAAGAAAAAAUGAUAUUUGAAAGUUUUUUCGAUCCAAUGAUCAGGGAAAUAGCAUAUAGCAUUGCAGAGGGAGGUGACGGAUCAGAAUAUGAAACAUCUGAAUCAUCAUCAUCUUCUUUGUCUGCUGCAAGAAACGAACACGAACGAACUCUGAAAAAACGUGUCUCGGUGAUUGGAAAACUCAUAGAAGAUGUACUUAGUGAUCAUUACAAUAAUUAUUAUGCAAACCUCGCUUGA